AUGCGUUGGAAACGUUUCGCGGAAGUGGGCCGACUCACAUUGCAGGUGGGUGGCUCCGUUCAGUUGGACGGCACUUGGAGCUUCCAGGCGCAAUUCAAGGCCCUGGGCGCCUGCAACCAGGAGGCCCCCGAUGACUGGUCCUUCAAGGAGAACUCGGUGAAGGAGGUCACUGAUCGCGGCCGGAAAGAGGGCAUCACGCGUCUACAGGGAGUUCUGGCGGAGUGCUCCGAGCGAGCACCGGAGCCCAAGAAGCGAAAGAUCAAAGACCUGGACAACGAGGACGACCAAAAGAUCCUGGAGGCACUGGGCGAGGCCGAGCUGGAGCUGCGAAGGAAUGUGAAGGCGCUUCUGGCACCUCUGAAGGAGCUGGAGAAGCACCGGGGGGAGGCCAGCGACGGGGCGGCUUUGGCCAUCUUCCGGCAGCUGCGGCGGCUCAACGUCACCGUCGACACCCUGAAGGCCACCAGGAUCGCCGCGGAGCUCAACAAGCCCUGCUGGCGCGGCAGCCAAGCGAGCAGCGCAGUCCGCAGCGCGGCCACCGCGCUCAUCAAGAACUGGCGGUCUAUGUACAGGUCAGAGACCGGUCAACUGGACGAGAAGUCGGACGCCUCCAAAGCCCGCAGAGUGCGCUUGCUGGCAGUAGACUUGGAGGAGAAAGUGUUUGAUGCGUGCCACAAGAUGGGCGAGUACUGCCGCGUGAUAGAGUUGCUUUGCCAGGAGCUGGAUCAGUGCAGGGACACCGGCGACAACCUACUGCAAGGCAACGUCUCCGGGCACGACUUGGUGACCAAGAGCAUCGGCCGCUUCCGUUUGCGCGCCCGCGCUGUGAAGGACAAAAAGGCGGAGAGCUCACGGUGA